UCUCCACUUCUCAUAUUGACGCUAUAAAAACUCUUCAAAGGGUAACCCCUGGGUUGAAUAUUGUCAGAAAGUCAGUAAUAAUAACUAACAGAGGUGGAAAGAGGGCAAAUAUGUGAUAUUCUAGAAGUCCACAUAGAAGUAAAAGUCUACCAUUCAGACUUAAAUAAAAAAGUAAGUUAUUUACAGUGUAGUUAGAGUUUAAGUUACCGCUUUUAAAAAUGUUGUUUAUGUUUUUUCCAUGCAAGAAGAAUGGGAAAAAACUACAACUUACAAAACAGCACACGCCAGUGUUUGAACACAGACAGUGGUCACAAGGCAGAUGAGAACUGUUCAAAGCUGACUCAUAUCAAAGGGCCUCUGGGUCUUUGUAGCACAACAGGUGUCUGCAACAGGUGACAUUUUGGACUCAAUAACCGUUUAUAACUUUGAACGUUCGCUGUGGGCCGAGCCUGCCCUCAACCCAGCAGGUAAGGAGGGGACAGAGGAGUUACAGACGGACUAGAUGAAAGUUAGUUACUUUAUGGACUACUUUAUGGUUUGCUGCCAGCGAGCAACAUGAGGAUUCAUCCACAAGUCAAGAAAAGGAACUAAGCACUGAAGAGGAAGCAUCAAGCCAUGGGGGACCCCUUGUCAGACUGCAGCCCCCUCAUCAGUGCAGCAUCCUCAGCUAAGCUUCGUCUGGUCCGCCUGCUGGUGGAAGGUGGGGCUCAGGUCAACGGGCGCAACCCCAGAGGAGAGACCGCUCUGCUAGCUGCAUGUAAGGCCCUGAGAGGGGAGCCCGGGCCUGAGACAGUGAAACUCCUCACAUACUUGCUCCACAACAAGGCAGAUCCAAACGCACAGGACCGGGCUGGACGCACCGCUCUGAUGUACGCCUGUAUGGAGCGAGCAGGAGCUCAGGUGGCAUCCAUCCUGCUGGCUGCAGGAGCCGACCCCAGCAUGGAGGACUACUCUGGAGCCUCAGCAUUAGUGUACGCCAUCAAUGCACAGCACCAGACGACACUGAAGGUGCUGAUGGAUGCCUGCCAGGCCAGGGGUCGUGACAUCAUCAUCAUCGCCACAGAGAUGGGUGUUAAUGGAGGCCCGGUGACCAGGCGUUACCUGAAUGUUCCUCCGUCUCCUGAUACCUCACCAGUGUCCUGCAUGUCCCCGUCUGACAUCGUCCUCAAGACGGGCUCACCCAAUUCACCUGAGGGAGAAAACAUCUUCAACUUCAGAGGAACUAGCAAAAGAGGAAGUGGCAGCAGCAGCAGCAGCAGCAGACUUCCCUCCUGUGAGCCGAGUCCGUUGAGCCAGUGUAGCUCUCCACCGCCCAGACAAAGGCUGUCAUCCGAACCUUGGCUGGCCAUCCACAACCUGGCCUGUCUGAACCGGGCUUACGAGGAGGGCGUGAGGGAGAGGAGGCUGCAGGAGGAGGCAGGCAGAGAGGAUUCAAGGAGGGAGAGAGGAGGGAGGGAGGAUGAGGCAGGAGAGGAUGAGGAGCUUUAUUUUCAUCAGUUCAGGGUGAAAGAGAGGACAGGGAGCGAGGUUAACAAGCAUGGAGGAGAGAAUUACAACAGCUGCCGUGGGGAUGUCCUUCAGAGGGUUUCUCAGUCGGUCCUCUCCCUCACUGAGGUGAACUCGCCUCAGGCAACCCCGAGAAGACUGGUCCCCAAGAGGUGCUUGACACCUGGAGGCUCAACAUCGAACAUAAUGACCAAAAAAAGUGAUAAGCUUCCUGCCUGUCCGUCUCCUCACUCCCAUCUCCGCAGGAACACCCUCCCCUCUGUCAUGGUGGUCCCUCCUCUGCUUCACCUUCCUCCCUUAGUCAACCAAUCAGACACCCACCUCCAGGUUCCACGCUUCAAAAGCAGGAGUUUGGUGUUUCUGCCUCACCCACCGAGCUCCCCUCCUCCGUCCUCUUCAUCUAGAGCAUCUGUGCGACCAGCAAUACUCCCUCGGCUGCCCCUCGCCUCCUCCGUCACCUCCUUGGUUGCUCCUCCUGCCUACUGCUGCACUGAGAGGAGCAGGAGGUCACUGCGUCGCCACUCAGUUCAGCUCGAACAGAUGAGGGGAGGUGAAACCAUUUAGGCCUGCGAGACUGAGCACCUUCAUUCCUCCAUGAUCUGGAUCUCUGACAUCAACCGUCAUUUAACCAUGUAAUUCAUUUUAAGAUCCCAAUAUCAAAGCUUGUUUUAGAAAAGUACAAAACAAACCAGUAAAAUAUAUAGGAUAAAAUGCAAUUAAAAAAGUAUGAUACUAACUUUU